GUCGCCUUCAGUCGGCUCGUAGCUUGCGCGGAGCGCGUUGCUCGUGUGUUUCCCACGCUGCUCUCUCUCACACACUUCCGUUCGUCCCGUCUCGCACGUUCCUCUCGCCGUCUACCUCGGCCCGUCUUCUUCGUAGUCUCUCGGUCUCUUCGUCGUCGUUGUGCACAUGACGAGGUGAUGAACGCCCGGUGGCAUCGCAGAUGGCUACGCCGAGAAGCGUAGUGACAGUGCCCAGCGUCGUCCUGCCGAUGGACGAUGACUAUUAACGCGGAGGACAGACGCUACGACGACGCUGCGUCCGUACGUGGUUGCGCGCGGGGGAAAACAGUGUGCUCUUCUGUGUGAUCAUCUCUCUGUGUGUUGCGCCGCCUCCUCGCCGAGUAUCACUCUGAUUACGUAUACACACCAUCGGAUAUACGCGCUCCCGGAAGAUCGCAGGCUGCGAAGGCGCGUGUACGCGUCCGCGUGUGUGCAUUGUAUAUAUAUAUGAUAUAUAUAUACUUGGAUUAUACGUCGUCUCUCUCUCUCUCUCUGUCUCUAUCUAUCUAUCUCUCGCGGAGAAGACUCUCCACCGUCGCCCAAAUUGACCAAGGAUAAUAACAAAGGACCGUCGUGUUUUUCCAAACAAGGCCGUCUAUAGGCUUACCGUCACGCCUUCGCGUGUUCCGCGCGUCCACGUCGCGAAGGGGCCCGUCGACGUACAAGAGGGUUCCCUCCCCGCUACGUCGGCCGCGUCCCGCUGAGGGAUCGUCGGCGAUCGUCGGCGUCGGGAGUGCCGGCAAUCAUCGUCGCCGUCGUCCACCUCAUCAUCAUCAUCAUCAUCAUCCGGCUAUCAUAGCGCGGUAGCACCCCGGAACCGGGGGUGGUGGUUCACAUCGUCUCGCGGCGAUGGUGGCAGCUGCCACUGCUGCGGUCACCGCCACUGCCAGCGUGGUGGCCAUGCAGGACCGUCAGGACAUCUCCGCACAGUACAAUCAGAUGCAGAGCCAACAUGGAAUACCCCAUCAAACCGUACCGCCGUACAACGCGGGGUACGGUCAGCGAGGACCAAUGGCGGGAAUGGGGCCAGUCGGGAUGAACAAUUUCAGUAACAUAGGCACCGUCAGCCCGAUGCACACUAUGAAUUCCAUGAAUUCGAUGAACAGUAUGAAUGGCAUGAACACGAUGAAUCCCAUGACGAUGGGAGGUAUGAGCAGUAUGAGCGGUAUGAACGCGAUGAACCCCAUGGGCUCCAUGAGCGGCAUGGGCAACAUGGCGAUGAGCAACAUGAUGGGACCCAACAAUAUACAGAUGAACAAGAUGGCCGCAAUGCAGCAGGCUCAACCGCACCAAGGCUACUCUCGGCGGCUGGCGCCUUACCCCGCCCCCACGGUGCACAUCGCGCAGAAGCGGCAGCAGGUGCCGUCGUACCCGGGCCACAGUCCGGCGGCGAUGCAGCCGGGCGGCUUCAACGGCAUGACGGCGUCGCAGUACCCGAGCAGCUAUCCCAGCGGCGCGCGGCCGAGCUUCCAGCCGCAGUACCAGCAGCCCACGCAGAGCAUGAUACCGAACGCGGCCGCCACCGCGGCGGGCGUCUUCGGGCCCAACACCGCGAUGAUACGGGGCUCGAAUAUGAGGCAGGCGGCGCCAUCUUACAACGCGGCGUCGCAGGCGGUCGCCGCGAACCAAUAUUACAGCAACGCCGGAGUGCCGGUCAGCAUGGGGCCGACCGGCACGGGGGCGGUCACCGGUCAGUUCGUAGGUCACCAACAGCCGAACGCGGGCUACGGGGGCGGCGGCGGUGGCGGUGGCGCCGCUACCGGUAGCUACGGCGCCGCGUCCGCCGGCGCCGUGGUGGCGACCAGCCAAUAUCAGCAGGACGUCGCGGCGUCGAUGAAGUCGACGAGCGGCGGCAACGUCAGCUAUCAGCACAGCCCGAUACCCGGCAACCCGACGCCGCCGUUGACGCCCGCCACCAGCAUGCCGCCUUACAUCAGCCCGAAUCCCGACCUCAAGCCGAGCUUCAACGACUUGAAGUCGCCGGUUAACAUACAGAAUGAAGAAUUGAGACUGACAUUCCCCGUGAGAGACGGCAUCAUUCUCCCGCCCUUCCGCCUCGAGCACAAUCUGGCCGUUAGUAAUCACGCGUUCCAACUGAAGCCCACGGUGCAUCAGACGCUGAUGUGGCGAUCCGAUUUGGAGCUGCAGCUCAAGUGUUUCCACCACGAGGACAGGCAGAUGAAUACGAACUGGCCGGCGAGCGUGCAGGUUUCCGUCAACGCGAAUCCUCUCGUGAUCGAUCGCGGCGAGAACAAAACUACCCACAAGCCUCUUUACUUAAAGGAUGUCUGCCAAAUCGGGAGGAACACAAUACAGAUCACCGUGUCCGCGUGCUGCUGUUCGCACCUGUUUGUCCUCCAACUGGUCCACCGGCCCAGCGUGCGAAGUGUACUCCAGGGAUUACUGCGUAAAAGGCUUCUGGCGGCGGAUAAUUGCAUAAGUAAAAUCAAAAAAAAUUUCAACAGUACAAUCUCGACCAAUGGCAUACAGUCGGAGAAGGACGUGGUGGAGCAAACAGCACUGAAGGUAUCCUUAAAGUGUCCUAUUACAUUCAAACGCAUUACACUGCCAGCUAGAGGGCACGACUGCAAGCAUGUGCAGUGCUUCGAUCUGGAGUCGUAUCUGCAGUUGAAUUGCGAACGAGGCUCUUGGAGGUGUCCGGUGUGCUCGAAACCCGCGCAAUUGGAAGGCUUGGAGGUCGACCAGUACAUAUGGGGGAUUUUAAAUACGGUGAACACCGCGGAGGUCGACGAGGUGACGAUAGACUCGCUCGCCAACUGGAAAGCCACGAAGAGCAGCUUAGCCGGCAUCAAGUCCGAGGAGGAGAACGAGUACAAGAGAACAACGGCCAAGGCGAUGUCGCCGGGCAGCAUGAACAUGCCGACCAUGAACAACUGGGAGAUGAAUCAGGCGAUGAGCCCCUACUUACCGCCCGACAUGAGCAGCAUCGUGAGCGGCUCCAUGAUGAACAACAUUAACCACCGGAACACCUCGGGCGGAACGUACGAGAUCAACUCGGCGACGAACACCUCCGGCAGUAACGAUUACGCAAGCGGCGCCGGCCCGCUCUCGCACCUGAAUGAGUCCGUUAAUACGCUCGACACUCUCAAUGCUAUAGAGAAGUCGAUUAACGAACAGAUGCCUCAUACCCCGCACACGCCGCACACCCCGCAAUCGACGCCUCACACUCCGGGUGGCGGCAACAGCGGCCCACCGAGCGUUCCACCUGCGUCGCAGGAGUCGACGGGGAACCACAACACCUCCGGCAGCACGAGUACGACCAUAAAUAACGACAACAACGCCACCGCGGAUAUACCGUCGGAUCUGAAUUUCGACCCCGCCGCGGUCAUAGACGGGGAAGGCACUGGUCAGGAGGCGUUAAAUCUCUUGUCGGACAACGUUGUGGACGCGAUGGACUUCCUGUCGUACCUCGAUCCACCGGACCUAAACACUCCACCCAGCAGUGGCGCUAGCAGCGGCAACCCUUCCUCCAGCGACGACAUAUUGGCGCUUUUCGAUUAAGAAGAGAGGAACCGUGCGAGCUGGUAGUCUGUCGGGCUGUAAUCAAAUCGCGCUCGACUCUCACUUUCUAUGAAGUGACGGGAGAGAGUGAGAGAGAGAAGGACAGAGGGGUAAAGAGGGGGAGGAAGAAGGAGGGAGAAGGAAGGAGAGAGAGUUGACACCUCGCUGCAAAUAUUAUUCUAUGGCUACAGUGUACUUCCGCACGAAUUCCUCGGAACGGGCGACCGCGAAAUAUAUACGGCCCGCCUCCCAGGCCUGCGCACAAUCCUUGCGCAAGGUUGCACAAAAUUCGCCGAUUUUCUGGGCCCAUUGAUGACGUCGCGGGAGAGUAGGUUUACGGAACCCACUAUACUCACUGUACGCGCGGACACUUGUAGUGAGGGGAUUCAAAUUUUAUUAGCGUCACUAUGGGUGCUCUCACCUAAUCAAUGGUACAAAAAAACUAUAGUUGUAGUUAUAAUAAUAUUCCUAUAGAGGUUAGGACGGAAUUUUAGGGUUUAAGUGGCGACAUUGAAGAAGCGUGACAGUACGGAGAGAUACCGUAAAAUAGUGACACUCGCUGUGAAGAUGUUAUUGCACGGAUAGCACUGUGCUGUCAUUAUUAUUAAGAACGUGUCUCUCGUUCCGGCGGAGGCAUGUUUUUAAUGUUCGAUAAUAAAGCGCGUCAUGCCGCGCCUCAGGAAGAAAAAAAUAUUCCAGAAAUAGUUUUAACGUAGCGGCGGCAUUCACACUUUUGAGUGAGAGAGACGGGGAGGGGGGAGGAGGGUUUUCUGUGUUUUCGUGCGAACGAAAUUGCGUUGUAUCGUGGAUCAAAUAGGAGGAUAAUCAAAGGCCGACUUAAUUUAAUUCACGAACGUUCUUCAUCAAGGGUUGUCGGAUUGUGCAUUUCCUCACGUACACAUAUUGUUUUGCCAUUUGAAACUUGAAGUCUUGAGAGACUCAAUUCUCGGGGUUGUCCUUGCAAUACACAUUCUUUACCUGCAAAAAAAACACCGGUCUACUCGCACUCGGAGGCUAUGAUAGACCUACAUCGCGACCAGAACGAUAACUGUACAGUAUCUACUUUUGUAAAUAAGUUUUAAUCCAGUUAAGACGUUCAUCUGUUGGGAGAGAGAGACAGAGCCACCUUGCUUAUUAAUGAAUAUAGUGCAUAUAGUGUUCCUUUCCUUUCAAACAAUUAGUGGCGAACAGAUGGAAGUGAAUUAACUUAGGGGAUAUCGGGCUUCACCCUGGAAACUUAAUAGCAAACGAGAUUACGGUGAAAAGAACAGCGGUAUGAUGUAUCUCCCGAGGUGAAAAUUGCGCGAAAUGCGAAGGGAAGGAGAGGGAGGGAAGAGGGAAGACACGAUUUGUCUCGAUUAUGAUUUCGGAGAGAAAAACGAUUAGAUAUUAUCCCGGGGCAAAAGUAACACACGCGUAACACAUUCGCGCUGUUAGUUGACGCUGCAAUUUUUAUAAUCGGACAUCCUCACUUAUCGUAGCGAGGAGAAACAUAUAUAUUCGGUCAUUGCUGCACAAUCGCGAGAAUAAUAGUUACUAACUUCGGACUAAGUUCGGACAAGUUCGGACGCGCGUGACGAUGGAUACAGUUUGAAUCCGUUUUUACAAAAAUGUUCCGCGGACAUCUGUGACACGCACGUGUCAUAUACACAUUUUAACACGAAUACUUAAGGGGUGAAGGGUAAGAUAUUACGUGUGUUGCGUGUAUUCUCGAACUCCAGAACGCGCAAAGAGCUGUACCGUUUGUGUAGAAUUUUUUUUUUCUUUUUACCGGUAACAAUAUUUUCGGUGGAGUCGCAAUUUUCUAUUUUAGAUAACGUUAACGCGAUGGGUUUUCUAUAACGUCUUUUUACAAUUCUGAAGAGAAAGGGAGUAGAGAGAUAUAUUGGAAGGACGGAGAAGAGAGAAAGAGAGGGGCGGGAGACAGGGAGGGAGAGUGAAAAUAUACACAUAUGGAAUUUAUUUUCACAUUUUGACGCGUGUGUCAAUGUAUGUACGUGUUUCUCGAUUCGCUUUAUUUGACCGCAAUUUGUGCGUGACGCGUUUUUGAAUUGCGUUUAUGCUGUCAAUGCGCGCGCUGUGUUUCGCGAUCGAUUGAUUUUUUUCCUUUUGCCUCGCGAUCGAGAACCUCCUCUUUCGCUUCAGACGAUGUGUGGCUCCCUAUGUGGUCGCCUCGUCGACCGAAAAGCCCGAGGUAUCAAAAUUACGCAGAGGUGGCAAUAUUUCCGCAAGGCCUCGAGAGAUUCGUGCACUAUGCGAUCCUUCGCGUACAAUCAAAUUUUCUAGAAGGCGAGAGAAAAGAAACCGCGGAAAAGGGAGAAUCGAAAUGUUUCCCGCGCGGGAGAAACACGCGCCGCAGACGCAUCGUCCCUACCACCACCAUCACCACCGUGUACAUAUACAGACGCACGCUUAACGUUAUUAUUUACUCAGGGCAGUGGUUUGCGCGGCAAUUCGCGGUGAUUCAGCAUGCGAAAAUAAAUUCUGUAUUUGCUCGCACACAUACACCACACAUACAAACACACACACACACACACACACACAUAUACAAUACAGGUGAGGUAGCCGUGUAUUAAAGAAAAAAAAAAAAUAAAUAAAAAGAUACUGCCAGAGUGAUACCGCCCAAGACCCCCUGCUUGUAUAGUUACAAACAUUUGUAUCUUUUGUGAUUAUGAAAGAUAUAUUUAAAGUGAUCCUCUCAUCUAGAUUAUACAAAUUUUAUAUAAAAAUGUAUUUAUAUUCCACUGUGCAAGAGAGGGCGGAUGGGAGGGCAGGGUGGAACGUAGGGAGAGGGUGGCAGGGAGGGAAGGGAGGACGGAGCGAACUAGAGCGCACAGUGAUGGGAUUAGACGUAGCCGAGUUUCUAUUCGUAUUACUAUAAAACAUUAAUGAGGUUUAGAUUUUAAUAUUACUUGUAUUAUUAAGGAGGCGUAAAAACCAUGCUCUGUAUAUUACUUGUAUAUAUGGUAAAUAGAAAUAGCGAUGUAAGAAAAGUGGCAGAUACUUAUUGGCCAGUUAUUAAUAGUGAAAAUGAUUAUCUUACAUACUUCUCAGAACCAAAAGAAUACACGCAGGAUGUAAUAAGAGGUAACUUUAAAAGAAACUAGAAAAGUGUAAUCUGUAAAUGGCCCCGCGGCCGCUCGGGUACGACGCGACAACAGGUAACAGUCGGAUAUUGUACUGUUAUUUCUAAUAGAAUUAUUACUUACUUAUUAUAUAAAGACAUAAUAAUUAUCUCGAAAAGGAAAAAUUUAUUCAAACCGUAAGCUUUACUUAGGAUUGCCAAUAAGUAGUAAACGCAAUCUCGUCAUUGCGGUUGUACAUAGGCAAUGUCUAUCUAUACUUAGCUAAUACUACCCUAAAACUACACGAUACACGAUUUUAGUUUACGGGAGCCGCCCUCUGGGGUGGAUCUGACGGCGUCUCUCUCGCACGACUCGCGAUCGCCGUGUUAGAUAACAAAAAGAAAAAAAAAAGAAGGAAAAUAAUAUCGCGACGGAGCUCGUUAGUUGUAUUUAUUUUUUGCCCGCUCAUGUGUACGACGCGUGUUAACUUCGAAAACGCGUCGACGUGGAUCUCUGCGCGCGUGCGAUUUUCAUGGAAAAGAAAUUCACUUGUCGUUCGUCCAAAAUCGAAUAACCGUAUAGGGAAAGAUUGACGUCUGAAAGAUGUGCAACCGUUCGAUGAGAACGAUUUUAUUUGAGACGACUGAUGGACUGACAGGUGCGAAAAUUCGCGAUUCUUUGUUUCCUCUCUCUCUCUCUCUUUCUCUCUCUUUGGUUCGAAUUAAUCGCGACGUUGAGAAACGAUUCGUUUAAAACACGUUCGACGGCGAGACGCGCGAGAAGUUCCGACAGAUCCCUCCGGCUCCAAGAUUACAUACCUAUUUAUCUAUUGUUAGGAGGCCUAUAUAAUUUGACUUUACAAUGCUCCGCGAACAAAUCGAACCGAUCAUCGUGAGUGUCCCUCUCUUGUCCAUGGCCUGGAAAGUUACGGUGUAACGAAACAAGGUAUUUUUACGUAUUAUUAGGUGGCCGUUAUCGGCUCAUGGUGUGUCGGCCUAUGCCGAUCGCGAGCUCCGUUGUCGCAUCGAUGUAGCCCCGUAACGACCUAUACACACGCGUAUCACAUUGUAUCACGAGUUCACUUAGAAGCGCGAGACGUCGCCGCAGUAUUUUUUACCGAGUGUCAUAUCAAAGGAUAUUCACAUUUCAACAGUUCCCUGAGUGAGGAUUUCCGUUUUCCGCGGGCACACCAUGAGCGGGCCGAUACCGGUUCCCGUAGCCACGAGAGAGUUUCUUCGUUUCGCGAACGCACUUUCUGUAUUUUACAAUCGAGCCAAUGUACAUUCUCGAAAACUCGGGACGAAACGCGAGGUCAAACAGGUACAGAUACACACAGCUUGCUCUCUGUUAAGAGUUACGAAAGUGCGCGUUAUGAACCAAAACUUUAACAAAAAAAGGUAGAAAGAGAAACAAGACGACGAAGAAGAAGGAGGAACACUGAUAUCAUUGGUUACAUUCGCAAUUACAAAUUUUAAUAUACAAAGACCAGUUUAUAAACAUGUAUAACAGACACCACAUUGUUUCUUGAUAACAGUUAGAAACAUUCAAUA